GGGGGGGAGCCGCGGCCCGGGGGACACGCGCUGCCCCUCACCCGGGGGUCCGGUAGCAGGAGCCCCCCGGCGGGGCAUGGAGCCCCCCCCCGAGUGCCCGCAGGAGACCCCAGCCCUGGCGGAGGAGGCUGCCAAGUUCCUGAACUUCAUCGGGCCGGGGGAGCUGGAGCGCUGCCUGUUCACCGAGACGCUGGACGUGGUGGCAGCUGAGGCCCAGCGCAGGGGCCCGGCAUGGGGCCAGUGGUGGGUGUCAGCGCGGUGGGCACCCUACGAGCAGGCGGGUGAGCCGGUGCGGAGCUGCCUCCUGGUGCAGGCCGGGUCGCGCAGCAGGCAGGACGGGGUGCCAGCCUCCAGCAGCCUCAAAGCCUAUCUGACCCCCGAGCUGGAGACCCUGGAGCAGGAGGAGCAGGAGUGUCUGGAGCGCAGACCAUACCCCGUACGGAGGAGGAUCCACAUGGUGAGCCACCAGCAUGGGAUGACUGUCACAAAGACCCUCCAGGAGGGAGAGGCAGAGCCACAGUGCUGGAGCUUCAUCUAUAGCCGUGCCGAGCUGCAGGGGCUGCUGCCGGAGGGUGCCAGCCUCCUGCUGCUGCGGGUGCUGGCGUGCCGGCGGGAGGUGCCUCCCGGCCUCGUCUUCCCCACCAUCAACACCGACGGCCACCUCUGCACCGCCAGCUACCGUGCCGUGGGUGUCGAGCCGCAGGCGCUGAGCUCGGCGGAGGCGGAGGUGUUCGUGAUCGAGCGAGCCGUGCACGGCAGAGCGGACGCCUCCACCGUCUGGCACAGCAGCUUCCUCCCCAGCGGGUACGGAUGCGGGCCAGCCGGGGCCCCCCAAGCCCAGCGGGGACCCAGCAGCGGGGUCACUGGCUCUUCCCCUAGCAGGCGUUUGGCUCGGCUGGUGCAGGUCGGCAGUCCCAUGGUAAUGCGGCUGCAGGAUGAGUCUGUCUCAGGUGCAGAGACAGGUGGGGUCAAGCCCCAGCCCCCCUUCCCCAAGCAGCCCCUGGACUGGGAGGAGGACAUCCAGCUCUUCUCCUGGUUCCUGGGCAGAAAGGAGGAGCUGCAAGAGUCCCACACCGCCUACAUCCAGCAGCACCCCGAGCUCCAGGUUCUCCUGUCCGACUUCCUCCUGGCCUUGCUCCUGCAGCAGCCCCAAGACCCCGUCUCCUUCGCCGCAGAAUUCUUUGCCCACAGGGAGCCUCCCGAGAUCCCUUUCUCCUCCCCUGGGGCUGCCAACCCCAGCCCCACAACUUCCCACCCUGCGGCUCAUAGGGAAUAAAGCUGCCAGCACUGCCUGCC